AUGCCUUCUCCGACUGACAAGCCGACGUUCGCGUUGGAAGCGCUGCACCUCCUCAGCGCUCCACUCGAUCAGCUCAGAGCAGAGCGAGAUGCUCGCACGCUGGCUUUGACGCAAACGCUUAACGCCCGGGAGAGUGGUUAUGAGGACCGCGGCAAAGAUGCCUCUGCCAGGGCCAAAGGAGCGGAUGAAGUGCUGGAUCUGAGCAGCGUACCGAGCAGAGAGCAACUGCUGCGUGCCCUCGAUGGUUUGUCAGACGGCGCUGCCGAGCUGCAAGGCGCGAGUGCGACGUCGACUGGCUUGGAGGCGGAAGAGAGACUGAUCGGAAUGGCCAGAGUCACUGCUGGGACGUACGCCCUUGUGCUCGAUCAGCUCGUCGCGGAUGGGCACCGAUUGAGUCAAGCUGCGUGGGAAUGGGAGGAGAUCGGAGGCAGCAGAUCAGCGAGCGCUACCUAUCUUGUCCAGAGUGAGUUCAUCGCCCAUAGAUCGUGCAGAUUGAGGCUCAUUUGCAGCGACCUUCACUGGGCAGCACUACCUCACCGUCUUGUAAACGUGUUGCGACUGGCUGCUCGAAUGGCUAGCGAAGCCGCGCAGACGACGCUGUCAGUGGCAGACCAGAGCUCUCGAGAGUCUCAGAUUUCUCAACUGCUCUCUCGUUCAGCCGCAACGAAGGCAUGGAACACGCUCUCUGCCUCGCCGAUUCUUGUGAGGCAAGCGUUGUUCCCAUUGUCUGCUCCCGGCGCACAGCAAUUGGGAUCUCUCGACGCGCAGCACGCGAAUCCUCUGGUUGUCAACACGACUUCAAAGACCAGUCGCUCCCACAAAUCGAGAGCAAGCAGCAGUUUGAGAGCCCUGAGACAUCCUUCCCCGCUUCAUUUGGCUUCUCACGAAGCUGAGGCGAAGCGUUUGCAAGCAGUCGAAGAGAGACAGGACAUCGCAGAAAAGCUUGGCAUCCUCGCCAUCGAGCUUCAAAAGCUCAUCACGGGCCCUCCAAGUCGACAAGGCAUCGAGAACGAGACCGCUCGAGGCAUCCAAGAGGCAAUUAGUCAGCAGGUCGCGUUGCUCCAAACAGUCCUUGCGCGCGAAGGGGUGGAGGACCGUGUUGCUGUUGUUGCUAAUCAACAAACCUCAAGCGCUGAUCUUUCGAGCAGCGCAGGGACUCUUCGCAAGCUCCUGACCGACUCUAUCCCAAGCUCCUCAAGAGAGAUUAGCAUCUUGCUAAGCCCUUCGCCAACAGGAUUGGGUUCGCCCUCCUUUCUUGCACGAGCUUGGCCCACCUUGGUUCUUACCCCUCUCAUCAGCAUGAUCACCCUGAGAGCAGUGUUGAGGAAUUGGGAUGCGGUCAAAGCCCAAGUUCAGGACGCCAAGGAGACGCUUCGCGGCUUCGUGAUCGGUUGGGUUUGGAACCCUGUCAUGGGUCUGCUGGACACGCUGAGGGAAGGCGACAAGCGCGCAAUGAUCAUGACUGCUGAGAGUCUGAACUCGGACGUCCAGGCGAGUCCGCCGUCGCUGUGAGCUCUGUAAACGUCCGAAUCGCGCUGAACCCCUGACCUUACCUUGCACAGAGUCUGGAACGCAUGGUUGUUGAAUUUGCAAGCGAGAAGCAAACACUCUCUGCGACAGAGCUGGCUGCCCUCUCAUCACGCGUCAGAGAGGGUGACCUUUCAGAGGUUCUGAAGGUCUACGAGCAAGAGUUGAAGGUGAGAAAGAUCAUUGCCUGACUGUCUAACCUCAUGCGCCCCGCCUGCCUGGCUAACCUCCGCCUCGCAUCGCUUCUGAAAUCCUUUCAUCUUGUACCGCGCGUCAUUUCGCAAGUCUCCCCUCAAGUCGGCAGUGACCGGUUCUUUGGUGCGCUCGCUUCUAAUCCAGAUUCAGAAAGCAAAAGUGGACAUAGAGACAGCAAUGGCAGGUAUUGAUCGCUUGCUCAAAUCGCAGCAGUUGCUCUUCGGUGCCGUGGGUGUCGCUCCAGCUAUGGGAGCGGUGUACCUGGUCUACAGCUGGUCCUCCAAUCGGGUCGCGGAGUGGAGCGGAAGGCGAGGGAGACAAGCGGGCAGACAGACAAGAGCCAGAGUGUGGGAGGCCAUGCGGUAGGUGCUUCUUAGCCACGCUUUCCGCUCGCGCAUUGUGGUUGACGAUGGCGAGUAUCCAUGUUCGUGUGCAGUCGUAUCGACAAGCUCCUCGCAGCCGACACACAACGCGCUUCGUCCAACGCCGCGCAGUCGACGUCUCUCAGCGCAACGACACGAGGCCUGCUGUUGUUGGACCUCUCCCUUCUGCGCAACUCGGCCACCGCUCUAGUCAGUGCACCAGCGCGAGGCAACAAAUCGGCUCUCAAGAGACUGAGGGGCCAAUUCUUGGAAGACGUGCGAGAGCUCGAAGGGCUGGAAAGUGCGGACUUUGUGCAGACCGGCAUGGACGGCAAAACUUCGACGAAAGAAGCCGGCCUUGGCUGGCAUGUCAGAAGAGCUGCUGUGGAACGUAUGUGGAGGAGCUGGGGUCCUCUCUUUGCCCUCGAUGUCAAAGCUGGCUAG